UUUGUGCAUUUUUGCUGCUGUGCUUUCGCACCGAUUAGAAACAGUUUUGUACGUUUCAUUACUUAAUUUAAUUUUAAGGUAUGGCUAACUACAACAAUCCAAAUGAUUACUCCUGGCAGGGCCAAAAUAACAGCCAGAAUUACUCUUUCAAUGCCUCCAAUGCUUUUGGCGAUCAAGCUCAAACGUUGGACUUUCAGAGUUUUCCAACGGACCACCAAGAUUUCUCAUUUGACCAAGCAGGACAGAAUGCAUAUCCUCCAAACAACAACCAAUACUACAACCCAAAUAUGUUCCAACCUGCACCAAUACCUGGCGAGCCAGCAACGGAAACCACUGACUUUGAUGAGCCACCUCUGCUUGACGAGCUAGAAAUAUAUCCUGAUAGGAUAUUAGAGAAAACUCUGGCUGUCAUGAAUCCAUUCCACGGACAAUCAAAAGCUGAUGAUGCCAAUUUCUUGUUAAGAGACACAGAUAUCGCUGGGCCAAUAACAUUUUGUUUAGCAUUGGCUGUGUGUCUAUUUUUAUCAGGAAAUAAAGCUCACUUUGGUUAUGUUUAUGGUCUCUCUGUAAUGUCUGUUAUAUUGAUGUAUUCUUUGCUUUCACUGAUGAGCCGUUCUGAGGGUGUAUUUACAUUACUAAGUGUUGCCAGUGUGCUGGGUUACUGUAUGUUACCUAUGGUUGUGCUGGCAGGGUUGGGUAUAUUCAUUUCCUUAGAGGGAACAAUAGGGCUUACCCUGUCAGCUGUGGCUGUAAUUUGGUCCGCCUUAUCUGCAAGCAGGUUGUUUGUGACCAUGUCUGGAGAUGCUGAGCAGAGGCCACUAAUAGCAUACCCUUGUGCUUUAGUCAAUGGAGUAUUUGCUUUAUUAGUACUGUUUUAAUUUACAACAUAAGUUAAUUAGGUACUUCAUUUUGUUACCGACUUAAAAGGAAUAUCUUAUCUUAUCCUUCUAACUAGAAUAACCAUACAAAGUUGUACACCUCUAGUUGUAGUUUGUUUUACUAACCUAUUUUUUACCACUGGCAGUAUAGCAUGUAUAUUGUGAUGUUUUUGGGGAAAAGGCUAAAAAAGCUGAGCAGAUUGUUAGUUGUUGAUAAGAAUGAUAUUUCAGUUUAUUGUCAUGGCCGUAUUAGAACAAUAAAACCUAGAGCACCUGUUAACACUUUCGCAGCUUGGCGCACUACCCCAGAAACCGGUCAUCUAUAUCUGCAUACAAAACAACCCGCUGGGCGGGUUGUCCGGCAUCUAAGCAAACAUUGCGAGUGCCUACCAGGCGGGUUCUCGGUAGUCAAAGUGUUAAGUGAAGCAACAAUAUCACUAUAUCUUUUGCUAUUACAAUAAUCAAGUGCCACUGUCACUGCCAAAACUCAGUAAAUGUGGCUUCACUACUCCAGUACUCAAAUUCUAGGCUUAUUUUCUAAAAUGCCAGUGCGGUUACAAAGAUUGACAGUAACAUGUGUACAUAAGGUAAACAUACUAGUGCUUGACAUGCUAAUGCCCAAUAGAUGACACCUUGCUGUCACCUCUAUUGACAAUGACUUAAGUUUCAAGAUGACAUGUACUGGGACCACAUCGAGCACCAGUAUGUUUACCUUGCUUAUGUUAUGGUAUUUCAUAUUUGAUUAAUGCAAUUUUAUCUCAUUAGUGGUAGUAAACACAUCUUAUUUUCGUUGUAAAAUAAUCAUGACAGAUACCAGCAUCUUAUUUACUCUAAGCAGGCUGAUGAUUGUUAUUGUUAUCCAUAUAUUUGUAACACUAUAAAUUUCUACUAUGUAAUGUAAAUAAAUUUCGUAUAUUAUUC